AUGGCCGGCUCACCCGGAGAAGCGGGGUCGAGUCCUCCCAAGCACUCAUCUCCUCCACACUCAUCUCCUCCGCGAUCAUCUCCUCCACGCGCCGGUUCGGCUCGCGACUCGUCACCAGAGGGAGCCGGAGACGCGCCGAAUCCUCUCCAGAUUGAUCAUGAGGCAUACGACGCCCAGGAAGAUGCCGACUCGUCCUACGGGUCGGAUACCGAGUCCAGGGCCACUGCAUCCGUGACAUCGUCCAUCUUCCACUACCAGUAUGAGAAUGGGCGGCGCUACCACGCUUUCAGGGAAGGACAGUACGUGCUCCCAAACGACGACCGAGAGCAGGAGCGCCUCAACCUCCAGCACCACAUCUGGCGCUUAUUACUAGGCGGGUCCCUACACACGGUACCGCUACCCGAUCCUUCCUCCGACGAGGAGCUGCGCAUUCUCGAUCUCGGCACGGGCACAGGCGUCUGGGCCAUAGACAUGGCCGAUGAGUACCCCUCCUCGCAGGUCUUCGGCGUUGACCUCUCCCCGAUCCAGCCGGAAUGGGUCCCCAUCAACUGCCGAUUUCACGUCGACGACUACGAAUCCGAGUGGACGUACCGAGAGAACGAGAAGUUCGACUACAUCCACGGGCGCGCUCUCUGCGGGACGUCCUCGGACUGGCCGGCGCUGUACGGGCGCAUAAAAGAGAACCUCAAGCCCGGCGGCUGGGUUGAAAUGCAGGAGUACGAUGCCUGGGUUUUCAGCGAUGACGACAGCUUUGAGCGUGCGCCCUGGACGCGGGAGUGGGUCGAGAAGCUGGACGAGGCGAGCUUAAAGUUUGGUAGGCAGAUUAACAUUGCUCAGUAUCACAAGCAGUGGAUGAUUGAUGCCGGAUUCGAGGACGUGGUGGAAGAAGUGAAGCGGAUACCUAUCGGCAUUUGGGCCAAAGAUCCCGUGUUGAAGGAGCUGGGCCGAUUCGAGCAGAUCCACAUGCAGAUGUCUGUGGAGUCUCAUACUCCCGCGCUUUUCACUCGGGUUUGGGGGUACACGAACGAGCAGGUCCAGGUUUUGAUAGAGGGCGUGAAGCGGGAAUUCCGGAGCCGCGAUCAUCAUCUGAUUACUGUCUAUCGGUUCGUACGGGGGCGCAGGCCACAAGAGUAG